UCACUGGCCUAUGGGUCUUCACACAGGCUUUAAUCCCCACCUCCCUCUCCUUAGUUCCGUUCUGGUGAAAAGCUGCUCAGUGGAGGCAUGCACUCUCUUGGUCUCUGCUAUCUACGCUGGAGUGGAAUGAUUGUGGGCCUCAUCACACUUCUCCCUCCUUGAACAGGGCAAGGUGGCCAGAACUUGGGUACAAGGACUUUUAGAACUAGGUUCUAGUUCUAAAGCAGGGGCAGCACCUUCUCAAAGUUGGCAAAAGAAUGAAGUUGGUAGAGGUGGGGGGAAGCAGAGGGCAAAGCAAAGGAGAGAACUGGACUUUGGUUCAGAAAUUGUUAUUGGGAUGGCUACAACAGCACUGUGACUGACUUCUCUGAUUUGUCUUGCUUUGAAUAAUGCAUCACAGCAGGAGAAGAUUGAUGGAUUCUAGUACAGAUUAAGUAAAAUCUACUUGGGCUUCUCCAAUCCUGAAGACUUGAAAGUCUCCCUGCUCCAAGCCAAGAACAUCUGCUCCAUUGCUUUCUCUCCUUGGAUUGUCACAGCCCCAGGUGGCUGUCUGGGGCCUGUGGGCAAAGGCUCCCUCACCAAUUUGUUCUCCAGUCACCCACUGGCGAUGUCACAGCAAGCACUAACAGUGUCCUCCUGGCUGCCUGAGAAUAGUCUCUCCUUGAGAGAAGAGGACGCAAAAGUUUCAUGUGGUUGCUAAAAACAGGAACCCAGGCUUCUGCAAACACAUCAAGCCUUCCUUAUUUCUAGCAGAGGAAGUAUGUGGCCUGUUUGGCAACUGCCGUUCUACAUGAUAGCAUGAGCUUCAUAACACUUGGCAGGGCCCCCUCACCACGACAGUCAUUCAGCUGUUGCAGCGGCAGCUGAUGGAGAUUGAAUGACAACUCUGGCUGCCUGGCUGGCUGGCUAGUUACUACUUGGAGUUAAUGCAAAGAGAGGAAGCAUGCUCACCAUUUAAAGGAUUAGACAAUGACUUCCUUGCUGUUUUGUGUGAUUAUCCAUCUCCUGACAUCAGUCCCCCUAUAUUCCGUCGAGGAGAAAAACUGCGAGUAAUUUCAGAUGAAGGAGGCUGGUGGAGAGCAAUUUCCCUAAGUACUGGUCGAGAAAGUUAUAUUCCUGGAAUGUGUGUGGCAAAAGUUUACCAUGGUUGGCUUUUUGAAGGAUUAGGAAGAGACAAAGCUGAAGAACUAUUACUGCUGCCUGAUACAAAGAUAGGUUCCUUCAUGAUCAGAGAAAGUGAAACUAAGAAAGGUUUUUAUUCACUGUCAGUAAGACACAGACAAGUGAAACAUUAUCGCAUCUUCCGCCUACCCAACAACUGGUAUUAUAUUUCUCCAAGAUUAACUUUCCAGUGCCUGGAGGACCUUGUGAAUCACUAUUCUGAGGUGGCUGACGGACUCUGCUGUGUGCUCACAACACCCUGCUUAACUCAAUGCACAACUGGCAAUGUGGAGAGACCCUCAGGAUCACCUGUUGUGAUGCGCCAGAAAAAUUUCAAUUGGAAAAAUGUUGCAAGAGUACAGUCUGGUCAUGAAGAAGCAAACCACUUGGAGAUGGAUGAGUCACUCUUUAGCUAUGGUCUCCGGGAAAGCAUCGCCUCUUACCUCUCCCUGGCAGGAGAAGACGGCUCCUCCUUUACCAGUGAACGGAAAAAGAAAAGCCAUUCUCUGAUUUAUACUGGGAACAAACGCAAGAGUGCUCUGUUUUCUGCUCCUCAAUAUUUUGAAGAUUAGACUUUAAUCCCAAUGGGAACACAGGACCAAAUUCUCACUUCAGAUCACCCAUAUAGCUAUUGGCCUGCUGGUGGGCUCACUGCAACCAGAAGCAGAGAAAGAAUGGACAUAAAGAUGACUAAACUCUGAAUCUGCACCCCAUUCUCCACCAGUCCCCUAACCUUCCCCAUAUCCAACAAAAGAAGUAUCUCUCCUGGUGGCUAGAUAGUACUGUAGAUAUUACUGUUUGUUAAAUUAUAACUUAGUUAUACACUGGAUCACAAGAAGUGAGUGAGUGAUUGAGUGAGUGAGUAUGUAUCUGAUAGUGAAAUACAUACAUACAUCUAUGUGUAUAUAUAUACAUAUAUAUAUAUAUAUAUAUAUAGAGAGAGAGAGAGAGAGAGAGAGAGAGAAAGAGAAAGAGAGAGAGAGAGAAUGUGAGAUGUGAGAAGAGUCCAUAAGAAAGAUAAGACAACAUAUGAACAAAGAUACUCUUUCAAUAGAAAUGUUUUAAACUUUGUGAUUCAGAUGAAGAUUAUCCAGAACUAACAGAAGGUCUGGUUUUGCUACUUUUUUUCCAACGAGUUGAUAUUUUUGAAAAACACCAUAAGAAGACUUUCUGGCUUGAAUCUUAUUUUAAAAGUCAGUAUAUGGAACCUCAGCAACACUAAAUGUGCCCUUUGUUGCAAAGCCUUCUUCAGAGGCAGAUCAUGGAGAUGCUGGAAAUGAUGAUGGCUCAGCUCUGAUCAGGAAUGAACUGAGGAUGCUCUGGUUCUGCUUACUGAGUGAUUCUGGACAAGUCAUUUUAAUUUUCUGAGCCUCAGUUUCCUCAUGUGUCAAAUGUGUGUGUGUUUGGGGGGAAGGUGCUGGUCUCUUUCCAGCUUUGGAAUUCCUUAACUUCAGGCCUAAGCAGACCCUUUCUUGAUUUUACCUUCAAAUGUUUACCUCCUUGACCUGAGAGGGAUGGCUUAGAUCAUCCCCUGGAAAAAGUCUAAGGGCCAAGAUUAUCACUUAUAAAAUAAUUAAUAGGACAAUCACUUUGGCCAAAAGAAAGUCUCAAAAGUUUGGUAUUGUGUAAGGAAUAUUGGAUUGAGGAUGUGAAGAUCUGGGCUUGCAUCUCAGCUCUGCCAUGGACUGUGCAUGUAAACCAAGCAAUGCAGGCUUCAGAUUCUAUAAAACAAAGAUGGAACUAGUUGCUUGGAAAGAUCCCUUCUAGACAUAAACUUUACAAGGCUCAUAUUCUGAGACACACACCAUGAAAGAUCAUUUUUCUAUUCCUGCAAAUCUGCCCCAAAUGGAUGUAGAGCAAUAGUUAAAGAAUGAAUUUAUCAAAUCUGGCAGUUCCUCCAAAUGGUUUGGGAGCUUUAUGACUCAAAAACAGAGCUUUGGAAAAGGUUAAGAGUCCAAGUGAUUCCUUAUGGCAUACCCAACCAGAGUCAGAGAAGCAGAGGAACUCUUCUCUAGGGGCUGCUAAACCUAUGGGUUAAAUGCAAUACUCAUUUUUUCCAGUUUCAAAAGGACAGAAAUAAUUUGAGAACAUUGUCUCUAGACUGAUAACAAAAAUCUGUAUUGCUUACUCUAUGCAUGUUUGAGAUCUUAGAUCAUCACAGCAGUGGCAUAGAUAUGUGUACAUUUUCAGAGCAGAGCACAAAGACUGUUUGAAAUAAUCAACCAUGUUAUAGGGUCUGAAUAUAGUAUUGUGGACACUGGCGUUGCUUGCCAAACGAGGAGACCUCCCUCCAGAACUCCAGAUGUUUGUAUAGAGACUAAUGUAUUGUUUCAAUUUGUGAUUCAUACAGUUGGAAUGCGUGUGUGUGUGUGUGUGUGUGUGUGUAUGUGUAUGUGUGUGUGUGUGUAGGGGGAAUUCUAACUUUAGCAUUAUACACUGCUAAAUCAUGUAUUUAUUCUUUGAUUUAAAUUGUAAUAAAUAUUUCACGCUUGAAAUACACAAUGCAAA